AGGGAGGGGCGAGGACGGGGAUGGGGGUGGCGCUGCAAUCGCUCGCGGCGCGCCCCCUCCUGCCGGCCCCAGAUUGGCAGAGGCUGGUGAUUGGGCGCGAGAGCCGCGUGACUCCCGCCGAGGGCCGGCGCCCCUGCCCCUCGCAGUGGGAGGGCGGGAGAAGAGAGGGUAAGCGGGAAAGAUGGAGACACUGAAAGACAAGACCCUGGAGCAGCUGGAGGAGAUGCAGAAUGACCCAGAGGCCAUUGACCGGCUGGCCCAGGAAUCCCCUGAGGUCCAGGACCUGCAGCUGGAACGGGAGAUGGCACUGGCCACCAACCGGAGCCUGGCCGAGCAGAACCUGGAGUUCCAGGGUCCCCUGGAGAUCAGCCGCUCGAACCUCUCGGACAAGUACCAGGAGCUCCAGAAGCUGGUGGAGCGGUGCCAGGAGCAGAAGGCGAAGCUGGAGAAAUUCUCUGCAGCACUGCAGCUAGGGACCUUGCUGGACCUUCUGCAGAUAGAGAGCAUGAAGAUUGAAGAGGAGUCCGAGGCCAUGGCUGAGAAGUUCCUGGAGGGCGAGGUGCCCUUGGAAACGUUUCUGGAGAACUUUUCCUCCAUGAGGAUGCUGUCCCAUCUGCGCCGGGUUCGGGUGGAGAAGCUCCAGGAUGUGAUGAGGAAGCCCAGAGCCUCCCUGGAGCCGGCUGGUGAUGCCCCACCUCCCCGCCCACCUCCCCCACCUCGCCCCACCCCUCAGGUACCGCCCCCUGUGUCUGAGGAUCUGCAGUCACAGCCACCGCCAACACCGCCACCACCACCACCACCGCCAUCAGCGGCCCCUCCCUUUCCUCUGCCCUACAGCCCCUCUCCAGGCCUUCCCGCGGGCCCCAUCGCCCAAGGUGCGCUCCAGCCAGCCCCCUUCCCUGUGGUGUCCCAGCCCUCCUUUUCCUACAGUGGGCCUUUGGGGCCCCCGUACUCAUCAGCCCAGUCGGGGCCUAGGGCUGCUGCAGGCUACUCCUGGUCCCCACAGAGGAGCAUGCCGCCCCGGCCAGGCUAUCCCGUGGCCCCCACUGGUGCCUCUGGCCCUGGGUACCCCAUGAUGGGGGGCCAGGGCCCCAGUCCUGGUUAUCCUCAACAGCCCCCCUACCCCUCAACAGGAGGAAAACCUCCCUACCCGACGCAGCCCCAGCUCCCGAGCUUCCCAGGCCAGCUCCAGCCCUCAGGCCCCCUUCAGCCUCCCUAUCCCCCCGGGCCCGCCCCUCCCUAUGGGUUUCCACCGCCUCAGGGGCCUGCCUGGCCGGGCUAUUAAACAUGGUCCUGGCCCUUGGCCUUCCCUACUUCCACCUGGCGCACAACCUUUGGCCCACCCACUGCUGAGAUUCGAGGUUAAACUGGAAGUGGAGUUGGCUCCCCCAUGGACUUGUGUCCCACACGGGGGGCCUGGGGGCACCUGGCUGGGAGUGCACAGGCCUGGAAAGGCACCAGCCGGUCCCAGCACUGGCUGCCCUCCCGGGGGAAGGGGGCGCCUCGUUUCUGUGACUGGCUUUAGCUUUUCUGGUGCUCACCAGGCUGGGAGCUCAGUCCUCACCGAGGGUGCCCGGGAGGGAGCAGAUGCACGCGUUUGUGGACCUCUGCUUGUACCUGCACUUGCUCCUGGAUGUCUGAACCACAUGCGGAGUUCUCUCGAUGACCGGGUGGCCGGGUCUCUGUCUCCUGCCCACCCCCUCCCUCUCCUCUGGGAUUUGGCAUGUUCAGCUGAGGGCUACAGCUCUUUGUGUCUCUCAGGUUCAUUCAAGAAUGGCCUGCCCUGCACACCAUGUCAGGGUUGGAUCAGGGGGAGAGAACAGAGUUAUUAGGAAAAAUACUUCAUGAUUUUUAAGUCACACAAAGCCAUAAUUGAACUCUCAUAGACUGGUGUCAGAUAAUCUCAUUCUGUAUGCUAGUUUGAAUGAUGGCAGCGGAGCCAACGCAGUGAGGAGGCUGGGGAUUGUGAGGUGGACCCCAGACCUCGCUUGCCCUGGUUAGAGGAUCCAGGGGGCUGCCUUGGACCCUUUGGCUGGAGGAGAGGGAGCAGCUCUGGCCCAGGAGAUCAUGAUCACAUAGGGGGCUCAUUUAGGAGUGGAGGGCUGGGUCACCUCCCCAGCCCCCCUCUUUCCUGGUGCCCUCCACUUCUGGCUGACCUCUGAGGCCCACCCUGUCCAUCCACUCCUUUAGUGCCUUGAAUCUCACUUGCAGCAGCCCCCUCCCUUCAUCCCCUUCCUUUGGCUCCUUGAUGUAACUCACUUCCCCCACUCCCAAAAUCCCUCCUAAGACAGACAUCAGAAGAUACCCUGACAGUUACUUCCCAAAUGGUGCUUUGUAAAACACCAUCACUACAUCAGAAUCCGUUUCUUUACAUCUCUCGUCUUCAGAAUGUAAGAGGCAGGGAUUGUGACUCCAUGCCACAUGCAGCCCCCACCCAGCACACUGGGGGUUUUCAGCACGGUUAGUAAGAGACAUGACAACAGACCAAAGGGAGGGUGUGAUGAGCAAAGCAUUAAUGUGGUUGUUCCCAACGUGAACCAGGUCUCAAGGGCAGACUCUGGAGCUGCUAUCAGUUAGGAAGUCAUAUGUGCCUUGAAAUGUCCACUACUCGAGUACCCAGCAUCUGGUGGGCCUGGGUAGCUGGGGGCCAACGAGGAAACUCGACCUCUGGAGCCUGCCCCGCUCCCGGCCUGCGUGCCAUCGGUGGGUGUGUGCGAUCGGAUGCUUGACUGGCGAUGUCGGUCUCUUACCAGUUGUGCUUGCUUCUCAGAAGUUAUUUAUACAGAGAAAUCUCUAAUGGACUCUUCCAGUUCGAGCGCUUAUGGACUGGGUGAAUGGUUGCUGGGAUGUUUGUGUAAUUAAUUGCCAUAAUAAACUUUAAUGAGUUACAGGUA